AUGAUCCACAUCGUCCGCGACCCGGUGUUGCUCAGCGAGCACUCGUACUACGACAACGGCGAGUACCGCCCCCACCUCAACUUCGACAUCACCCCCCAUGGCGGCAUAAGCGACGACUACUCCACCCAAGUGGUGUCGCCGGUGCUGGCGGUGGUGGUGGUGGCGGCAGUGGGGCUCGCCCUCUCCGGCGCCUACAAGGUGUACCGCUACCUUGCCCGGGCCAAGCCCGUGCCCCUGGCGCUGUUGGUGUAA